AUGUCUGAAAAUAGCAAGUUUGCUCUGCCUGUGAGCAAUGAUGGUGAUACCAACGUCUUGUCUAUGAUCUACAGAUUCUUUAAAAAGGUAUCAAUUGUGGGAGCAGUGUACCUCGUGGGUUACAUGCAAUGGAGUGUGGCAUGGUUGAUUGGACCAGUUGUUCUCUCAGUAUUGAGAGACCAGUGGCGAAGGGAGAAUGAGUACAGGAGGAACCUCGCAAAAGUCGUUGCUGUUUCAUCGGAGAAGGAUGUGGUGCUGGCACGGCUUGACGAUCUUCCAGCUUGGGUCUUCUUUCCGGAUGUGGAACGUGCUGAGUGGCUAAACAGGAUCCUCCUACAAGUGUGGCCAAAUGUGAACCACUACGCGAAAACCAUUUUAAAGGAGACAAUUGAACCAGCCGUCGCAGAAAGCUUGGCUAACUUUAAGCUCAAUGGUUUUAAGUUCGAACGUAUGAUACUUGGUACUAUCGCACCAAGAGUGGGAGGCGUGAAAGUCUACGAUAAAAAUCUUUCGAGAAAUGAAAUCAUCAUGGAUGUGGAUUUAUUUUAUGCUGGAGAUUGCGAUAUUUCAUUUGUCCUUCAAAGAAUAAGAGGAGGAAUCAAAGAUUUGCAGAUUCACGGCAUGCUUCGUGUAAUAAUGAAGCCUUUGAUAACGAAAAUUCCUUUAGUGGGUGGUCUCCAAGUGUUCUUCCUAAAUAAUCCGUCCAUAGACUUCAAUUUAGUGGGAGCUGCUGAUAUUCUGGAUAUGCCGGGAUUCAGUGACAUCUUACGUCGUUGCAUCAUAGAGCAAGUGGCUAAAAUGAUGGUAUUACCAAACAAAUUACCGAUCAAACUCAGCGAUGAAAUACCUACCGUCGAUCUACGGAUGCCGGAUCCUGAGGGUGUUCUUCGCAUACAUUUAGUUCAAGCUCAGAACCUUAUGAAGAAAGAUGUUUCGAUGAUAGGAAAGGGUAAGUCCGACCCUUACGCGAUAAUAACAGUUGGAGCCCAGCAAUGGAAGACUAAACAUAUCGAUAACGACGUCAACCCAAGAUGGGAAUUCUGGUGUGAGGCGUUAAUAAGCUCAAGAAAGAGCCAGGUGCUGCAAUGCGAACUAUGGGAUUGGGAUCCAGGGAUGGGCAUUCAGAACGAUGACUACCUCGGCAGAUGUGCUUUGGAUAUAUCACAAGUAGUGAGCGCUGGAAGACUUGAUACCUGGCAAACUCUCCAACAAGCUAAACAUGGAAAAGUUCACCUCCGCCUCUCCUGGCAUCGUUUGUCCACAGAACUUGCCGAUUUGAAUCAGGCGCUGUUAGAAGUGCAACUCAUCAAGAAUUCGGAGCUUAGUACGGCUGUACUCUCUGUUUAUAUCGACUCGUGUAAAAACUUACCAAAUGCCCGAGCACAGUCGAAACCCGACCCGUAUUUACAAAUAACAUUGGGAAAGAAAACUGAGAACACGGCUGUUCAAAUGCGAACGGACUGUCCAGUCUAUGAAAUUGGUCAUUCGUUCCUCGUUCACAAUCCAAAUAUUGAUAUGUUGGAAGUAAAGGUCUUAGAUCAAAAAACGGGAAAUCAACUCGGAAUCCUGAUGUACUCAGUCGCGUCGUUACUCAAAGAAAAGGACCUCACCAUGCUGUCUCAGCCGAUAAACCUUCAGAAGUCUGGACCAGAAUCCAAAAUCCUUCUGGCGUUACAGUUAAAGAUUCUGAAAGAGGCGGUGAAAGAAGAUUUAGAAGAGGAAGCCUCGGCUCCACCUACUCCUGAGCCACUUCCAUCUGCUCCAGCACCUGAUGCCACUGAUGCCGCACCACCUGUAACAAUCCCGCCUGUUGCACCUACGGAGGAAACAGACAAUACGUCGGAGAAAUCGAUUCCCGUGGAACAAAUUGUGCGGCAAGUUGAGACACCUCAAGAGAGUCAACCACAACCAGAAAAUGAUACACAUGUUCACAAACUUGUUCAUCGAGUGUCCUCAUUAACUACAUCCGCGGGUGAAGCAGGCCUGGGCCGUAUAUUACUAUCUCUUCGGUACAGCAUCCUAAACCAAACACUAUAUGUGGUCGUGCAUAAAAUUAUGAACAUCCCCUUGAAGGAUCCCACGAACGUCCCAGACCCAUACGUCAAGCUUUACUUGCUUCCCGGAAGGGCCAAGGAGUCAAAACGCAAGACUUUGAUCGUAAAGGACAGUUGUAUGCCAGAAUAUGACGAGACAUUUGAAUGGGUGAUUCCACACGCUGAGCUGCACUCAAGACAAGUGGAGGUCACUGUUGCCACCCAUAAAGGCUUUCUUGGCGGAAGUCCGGUUAUUGGACAGGUAAUCGUACAUCUCAAUCAAUACGAUUUUCGAGAAGCAAAAACUCUAUGGUUUGACCUUCUCCCCGAAGUUGCGCCCAGAGAUUAA